GUGAUUCGAAGCGCCAGGCGAUCGUGCGAAGUCGGAAAGUAGACGAGGAGCUUCUGCGAGUUGGGAUUUUCGGUGCGACUUCUGGCGUUCGAGGGGGACGUUGAAAACUGGACAAAAGAAGGCGUGGAUAGAAAACACUCGGAACAACGAUGGCUCGAGAUGUGACAGCGGUCCACGAACUGCCUGCUCGACCGUGGCAGCGAACGCAGUCGGCGAAGAAACUCUAACUUUCCCUGCGAGCAGUGACCAAAGCAAAGCCCGCAUUCGGCCGGGUCUGUGUUCUCAUCUCACUCGUUCCUCCAAAUCCCCUUUUCCCUCUUUUUCCUUGCCUGCGCCUCCGAAGAACGGCUUCUAUUGCAACGAUUCUCGGAGUCGCGACGCGUAGAGACGGAAAAAGUCGAAGCUGCCCGAGCGACUGUCCUCCUAGGGAGAGUAACGACCGAACGAUCCCCACCAACGCUCACCGCACGAGCUUACACCGCGGCCGCCAGAGGUCUAAACGUCGCGGCGAAUCCGACUCGACAGUCUCGACACGAGCAAAGUAGUAUCUCGCUGGUAGGUAGACCGAGUUAGAACUGCGCUGUUCGACAGAACUUGUGUCACGCCUUGCGUAUAUAUUCCUAUGUAUGUGCGCGUACGAGCACUCGACGCCCUGUCGUUGUCCUCGCGCCGUUCCGAGCUGCUUCUCUAUCCGACGUCAUUGCAGUGAAGUAUGUGCUCGAGUGUGUUGUAGAAAAUGGCUGUGCCGCUCUCAGCUAAGAUACCCGGUUGUACGAGCGGUUGUAAAUAUUAUGGACUGUGGCUCGGCAUUUGUGUACUUCUCGCAACUACGAUAUCCGCUAACGCGAUAACUUGUUACUGCGAGGGACACUGUCCGGACGACCGGCAAAAUGGUACCUGCGAGGGACGUCCCGGCGGACACUGCUUCAGUGCAGUCGAAGAAGUGUGGGACUCGGAGAUCGGGGAAUACGUGCCGGAGUUUUCGUUCGGCUGUUUGCCCCCGGACGAGCAGGGAUUUAUGCAAUGCAAGGGCUACCUCGUGCCCCACUUGCAGGGCAAAAGCAUAAUGUGCUGCAACACGACAGCGCUGUGCAAUAAGAACUUAUUCCCCGAAUAUCAGCCGCGUCCAACGCCGCCGCCGGAUCCAAUCGCGCUCGGUUCCGGCGUGCCGCUCGUAAUACUCGCUGCUACGCUCUCCGUUUGCCUCAUCGUUUUCAGCAUAGCGAUGAUAAUAAUAUACAGAAGAUACAGAAGGAAAGAGCGCGGGCCUUGCUUGGUCCCGUCGCAGGGGACUCUGAAGGACCUCAUCGAGCAGAGCAGCGGCUCGGGCUCGGGUCUGCCCUUGCUCGUGCAGCGGACGAUUGCGAAGCAAUUGGCCCUUUCGCAGUGCGUCGGCAAAGGACGGUACGGCGAGGUUUGGCUGGCUCGUUGGCGAGGCGAAAAAGUUGCGGUUAAAGUAUUUUUCACCCUUGAGGAAGCCUCGUGGUUCCGUGAAACGGAAAUCUAUCAGACCGUCCUCAUGAGACACGACAACAUACUCGGCUUCAUCGCCGCCGAUAUCAAAGGCACCGGCUCCUGGACCCAGAUGUUACUAAUCACCGAUUAUCACGAGCGCGGAUCUCUUCACGAUUAUCUACAAACCACCGUACUCGAUCAUCCCAGCUUACUCGCCAUUUGCCUAUCCAUCGCUUCCGGUAUUGCUCAUCUUCAUACCGAAAUAUUCGGCACCAGAGGCAAACCGGCCAUCGCUCACAGAGACAUAAAAAGCCGGAAUAUUCUUGUCAAAAGAAAUGGCGAGUGCGCUCUUGCUGACUUUGGUCUUGCUGUUAGAUUUAUAAGCGAAAGCGGCGAGAUCGACAUAGCGCCGAACACAAGAGUGGGGACGAGGAGAUACAUGGCGCCGGAGGUCCUCGACGAGAGCUUGAACACGUCCUCAUUCGAUGCCUUCAAGAUGGCCGAUAUGUACUCCGUCGGGCUCGUACUGUGGGAGGUUUGCAGGCGAUGCGUUACCGGUGGUAAAGUCAGUACUGCCGAGCCCUACGCUCUCCCUUAUCACGAUGUCGUACCCAGUGAUCCUGACUUCGAGGACAUGAGACUAGCCGUAUGCGUCAAGAGGCUAAGGCCAAUCAUUCCGUCGAGAUGGGAACACGAUCCGGUCCUGUUUGCUCUGAGCAAAUUAAUGAUAGAGUGCUGGCACGGAAAUCCGGCUGUGCGAUUAACAGCGUUACGCGUGAAAAAAACAAUGUCAAAGUUACACAUCGACAACGCCAUCAAGAUCGUGUAGUGCUAGUGAACAUUGGUUUUAAUUAGUUUUUAUUAUUUUCUUUUUAUUACUUUAAUCGGUAUGUGUUAUUAAUUUCUUCUUCAAUAUUCGACGGAGAAGAAACUUCCUCUCUUGUACAUACUUGCUGACUGCACGUCUGAAUAUUAUAUAAAUACGUAUGUAUGAUAAAAAUACAUACAUACGCAUGUAUAUAUGCGUGUGUGUGUGUGUGUGUGUGUGUGUGUGCGCGCGUGUGUACAUUUUCGUUCUCGCUAUUGUUCAAUCUUCGUAAGCGUCAUGAUGUCGACUCCCUUUUCGAUAUUACCCACAUUUAAUUCAUCUUGUAUAUAACUAAUUAUAUAUUUUCAUGACCUUAUCGUUUUCCUUGAGCACGACGACAUUACAGCUUUGAAUUUGUUUCUACCGGGGUCAAGAAUUUUUCGACACGUUGUUUUUAUUCUUGUUCUCUCAUGGCGAAUACGAAGGACGAUUGCGAGCGAGUUAUUUCCCUCUGUAAAUAAUUUCACCCGCUGUAAAUAUCUCUAUAACUUUGUAAACAGACUGCAGUCAGAACAAGACUGAGUACUGAAGAUUUAAAUAUUGUAAUUGUGAGAAUGAGGUUUAUCGAUGGAAGAAACGUGUACAUGAUGGAGCCAAGAAGUUUGUUCGGACAAAAGUACAUCGAGCAAUUGAAAUAAUUAUCAAUCCUUGUUUCUAUUUCUAAGCAAUAGUCUCAUUAUCAACGACAUUGCAAUGUUAAUCAUCUUCGGUUCACCAUCUUUCGUUCAAUUGUUUUAUUCAUUUUAUUAUGUUUUAUUGUUUUAUCAGUUUUAAUUGUAUUGGCAAUUUGUUGAAUCACUAUUCAUUGUUGAUACUGUAACAAUAAUAUUCCUAGUUUCUCGCAAUAUCGUUAGAAUAUAAAGAAAAAUUAUGAAAAACGAUAUAGUUUAUGAAAUUUUAAAAAUUUCGAGCAGGAUCUUUCAAGGAUUUAGAUGUAUACUGGAAUUCAGACUCUUGAUUACAAAUUAUUCUGAGUAAUUUCGUUCGUUACAAGUAUAACGCAAUCGUAUGUCACUUCAGAAAUUAUGUUCAAACUUAUCACGAGCUGAGAAAAAAAAGAUAAGAAAAUUGAAUAGAAAAAUAACUAAAUAUCACUGAUCCAUUUGGGUCGUUUAAUUUGGCCUAAUCGUUGAUUAACUUUCAUAAUUGGCAUAUCCUCGCAAUAUUGCACACUGUUGAAGUGUGAUUCUCAUGAUAUCAUUCGACAAAGAAAUUAUCAAAAGUACUGCAAAAAAAACGAAAUAUUUAGCAAAAAUAUUUAGGAAAUUUGAAUAAUCGAAGAGGGGAGUAUCGAUGCGAGAAAGAGGAGAGGUAAAAUGUGAGAAAAAUAGCUACACGGUGCAACAAAAAGAUGAAAUUAUUCAUAAUUGAUAACGGAGGGCCUAAUGGAUUAGGUCAGUGGCUCAAGAGUGUUAUUGUUAAUAUUUGAACUAACGAAUCUACGAAAUAGGUGAGUGCAUGGGUAUCCUCUGGCAAAUGUUCUAACGAGCAGCGCAUACUUGACUCAUUGUUAAUUAAUUCAUUGGCUGCUCAGCUUUGAGCACCACCCGUGAAUUACCAAUUUGUAAAUUGUAUUAUUAUAAGGAACCGGAUAUGUUCUAGUGUGCUAGUGAAAUGUACGAAUGUGUAACAAAUGUUGUUUUUAGUCCAUGACCGAAAAAAUUUGAAAGAAAAAAACAAACUAACGCGAAAGCGAACUAAACAAACAACAAGGAAAAAACUUUAGAAAGAUCCAUGAUUGCGCCAGUGCAAUCGUGAAUAAUAAAAUUUAUAUUUUUAACGAGUAUUAAAUGAUAUCACCUUUUUCAA